GGAUCUAUCCGUGUAUGGCCACCUUUAUAGAUGCUGUGGUUCCGACCACAUCGAGACAGUAAAAAUGAAGGUCAGUUCUUCGGUGCUGGCAUCUUGCUGCCUUCUGAUUCAAGUCUUUGGAUUGGUGCUUUUUAUCCGUGGCUUUUUUCCUGCGCCGGUGCGGUCUCAGUCACGUAAGAGCACCAGCACUGAUACCACACCAGAGCCAGCGACAAGUGGGGCAUCCUCCAACUGGACAACACUUCCUCCUCCUCUCUUCAAGAAAGUUGUCAUCCUCCUAAUUGAUGCUAUAAGACAGGACUUUGUGUAUGGCCCAAAGGGGAAGGAACAUAUGCCUUACCUUACACAACUUCUGGAAAAAGGAACAACACAUAGCUUCAUAGCAAAAGCCACAGCACCAACUGUCACUAUGCCUCGUAUCAAGGCCCUAAUGACAGGCAGCAUCCCAGGAUUCAUUGAUGUUGUAAUGAAUCUAAAUUCAUAUGAAUUACUAGAUGACAAUGUGAUAUGGCAAGCAAAGCAAGCUGGAAAACGUAUAGUAUUUUAUGGAGAUGAUACUUGGAUAAGACUUUUUCCUAAACAUUUUGCUGAAUAUGAUGGAACAACAUAAUUUUUUGUUUCUGAUUAUACAGAGGUUGAUAACUAUGUUACAAAGCACUUGGAUGAUAUAUUAAAGAGAAAUGACUGGGAUAUGCUUAUCCUCCACUAUCUUGGAUUAGAUCACAUAGGACAUUUAACAGGACCGCAUAGUCAUUUAGUCGGUCCAAAACUUCUUGAAAUGGACACUGUCCUAAGAAAGAUCUCUGUUGCAUUAAUGUCAAAGGAAGAAGAUAUAUCGGUUCCUAGUUUACUUGUUUUAUGUGGUGACCAUGGAAUGUCAGAAACAGGCAGUCAUGGCGGCUCAUCUGACAUACAUUGUAAUAUUUUAAUGUCUUGGGAUGAUAAAUAUUUCUCUUUUUUAUUAGGAACUUCUAAAGAGCCUGAAAUUGUACAACAGACAGACAUAGCACCAACUUUAGCAAUAUGCCUUGGGCUUCCAAUUUCCCGAAACAGUCUGGGAACGAUUUUGUCGCAAACUGUUGAACACAAGUCAAUGAGGGAGCAGCUGCGUUUCUUUCAUUUAAAUGGGCAUCAGCUUUGCAAGCUUUUGAGCCAAAAUGUGCAAGCAUAUGAAAAAGAUGUUGGAGUAGAGCAAUUUAAGAAGGCUGAAAAAUCUCAUGGAAACUGGAUAAAACUUUAUUUGGAAGGAAACCCCUCUGAGACCCUUACUAACCUCGGCAAGAAAGUUCUAAAACAGUAUUUGGAAGCACUGAAGAAUCUGAGCUCCUCGUUAGGGAAACAAAUUGCUGAAUAUGACAUCUACUCAAUGACUAUAGGGGCAGUAAUAGCACUGGAGAUUUUGUUCCUGCUCCUGCUCAGUAUUCCAAAUGCUUUAAGCAGCCGGGCAGAGUUUGACGUUCCACUGUCCUCCCUGCUGUUCUCCCUGUUAUUUUAUAUGAUGUGCCUGGUACUUUCAGCCAUCCAUGUAAUUGUAUUCACAUCUUCUGAAUCAAUGUGCUUUUUCUGUAGCAUCUCUUGGAUAUUGGCACUUGGGAUCAUUAUGUUCAUCUCUGCUCUUUCCUGUAUUGUAUUUUCUACUUUGGGCAAAAUGUUGUCAAAAUCUCCUAACAAGAAACAAGAUUCCACUUUUUCAGGCUGGUCAGAAUUAGAUAUUCUGCUGUUAAUAGGGACAGUAGGCCAUGUGUUAAGCAUGGGUGCAAGUAGCUUCAUUGAAGAGGAACAUCAGACUUGGUAUUUUCUUACCAAUACACUUUGUCUGGCUUUGGCCCAGGAAAUGUGCAGAAAAUACUUUCUUGUGAAAAAAGGAAAUUUGCUGGACUCUGCUCAAGAUGAAGAUUCCAAAAAAGAAGGUCUGUACAUGGAUAAGAUUUACGAUACACACAAGAAAGAGAUGAAAGAGCAGACCUUAUCGCUUCUGUCACAAUUUGCUAAACACUAUGAAAAAUGGAUUGCGUUAUCAAGUCCCUGGGCUAUCCUUAUAAUUUGUCGACUUUUACGUACUCUAAAUCAGACUGGAAUCCAAUGGAUCCAUCGUCCUGAUUUUGGACACUGGUUGACAAGCUCAGAACACAAGGCAGAGCUCUCAUUUUUGGUAGCUGUCUGCCUUGUAAUGAUAUUCAUUCUAAUUCAAGGUAGAUGCUCCUUUGUAUCAAAAGUGGCCUUGGCGUUUGGACUCUUGGGAAUCUACUGCUACAGAGCUGCCAUUGGCCAUGUUUUGUAUCCAUGGCAGAAAAAUAGUAACAGCUUAUCAAAGGGAAUUAUGGAAGCCCGCUUUGUUUAUAUAUUCGUGCUUGGUAUUCUUUUUACGGGAACAAAAGACCUGUUGAAGUCACAAGUUAUAUAUACGGAUGAUCCCAGGGCGAAGAGUCUGGGUUUGUGGGAAGUAUAUAGUGGAUUCAUACUUCUGGCAGCACUUUUAUAUCGCCCACACAACCUUGUAGUGUUGGUGUUUUGCCUCCUUGUGCAGACAACCUUAAGUAUGUUCAUCUGGAAUUUAUUGAAGCACGAUGCAGCUCAGAUCACCAUCAUGCACUACUGGUUUGGACAAGCAUUUUUCUUUCUCCAGGGCAAUUCCAAUACCAUUUCUACUGUGGAUAUUUCAACUGGCUUUGUUGGCUUGGAAAACUAUGUAGAGUUACCAGCCAUCUUCCUUACAGUGUUUGUAACGUACAGUGAACCGUUCCUUUGGGCCAUACACUUGCUAUGGUAUCUGAGUUCUGAAACAAACCGGGUCUCAAGAGCUGUAGCUCAUGGCUGUUAUUGCUACGCUGCUAUUCGAUCCAUACCAGUCACAAUGUACAUCAUUCUGGUCACUGCUUUUCGUUACCACCUGUUUAUAUGGAGUGUAUUUUCUCCAAAGCUGCUCUAUGAAGCAAUUCACCUAUUUAUUUCAGCAGGUGUAUGUGUUAUGUUUACUGCUGUGGAUAAAAAUCAAGUAUUGAAAUCCGAGGACUGA